GUAGUGUUGCUAACAGAUUAUUUCUUUAUUUUCACUUAUUAUACAGCGCUACGUUUGUGACUAUUUUAGUCAGUAAAAAGUGUUUAGUUCAAGAUUAAAUCAUUCAUGCAGUCCAUCAGUCAGGCAGGUAGGUGGCGGUAGUGAGCCUUUAGGUUUGUUCUGCGAUCCGAGGAGGAAGCAAGGGUAUCCGUAGUAACAGCACAGGAAGUGUCGCGCGACAGUUUAAAAACUGUAUCAAAUUUUCGUUAGCUUGUCUGUUAUGCUUAUAUCCCCGUAAAAUUUCCUUUUCCUGCCCUUUGUUCCUUUACACUGAUAAAGUAAGUUUUUUUUUAAACUAGGUUUAUUUACCCCGAAGCCCGAAGCAGAGGUUUGAAAUUGUGGAAGGUCGCGGUAGGUUUGUGUGUUGUUUUUUUUAAACGCUUCUCAGCUAAUUUACUGUCUGAAUAAUGCUUUUGAGAACGGGGCGUCCGCAGCAGCAGCAAUCCAAAGGGAAAAAACUCGUUCGCCCUAAAAAGGCAGCAGCUCCCAAGAAAGACUGGGUGAGCACUAUCAAUGACCUCUCUGUACACAAGCUGAGUCCUGCUGAGCUGUAUCAUCGACAUGAGAUCCACAAGUCUCACAAUAAAGCUGCAGCUUACUGGGAGCUCAGAGAGAAAGCCCUGAAACGUCGUGUCAGACACGCCGGCAGCUCCCCAGGCCUGAACCACACCAGCCUCAGCAUCGUCAGAGAUGUUUUCUCUGAGCAGCCGCUGCUGCACGAUGCGCUGGCGGAGUCUGACAGAGCCUUGGCUGUGGUCAAGGACCUGUUUGGAGACGCUCCACGGAGGCAGACUGGGCACCCCAGUGUGACUGUGGCUCCAAACUGUGACUCUGACUCAGAACUGCCUGUUCUCCAGAGACCUGAUCCUCCAACCCAACUGUCCCUCCUCAGCCAAUCCAUAAUGGAUCAAGAGGCACUUAAUGAAGUAGAGGUUUCAAGGGAAGAUGUCGGAGAUGAGGAUCUGUCAAGCAGUUCAGGGAGUCGAUUCAUCAGAAGGACAAAUAUAAGGAAAACAAAAUCCCAGACCAGAGCGACACAGAAACAAAAAGGUUAUCGUCUCAGGUCUCAUGCAGGAGAUAAAGAAAACAUCCCUGUGACCCCCAUCAGAUCAGGUAGAGCACCUGACCCAACUGCUCUCAACGCCACGGCAGCUGUUAAGCGUUUUCUGACAAAACGACGUUCAUCAGAUCAAAAUGAGGAAGAGGCUUCUGUCCUGGUUUCUCAGGUCCUGAAUCCCGAACUGCCUUCACGCCAGUCAGGAAGUAUAAGAAAAAACACUGAGAAGACCAGGAAGGGCGUCUGUCGGGCCUUGGAGCUGGAUGGCUCCUCAGUCGCGUCUCUUAGUGGAGACCAGUCCAGCCUGGGCCUGCUGCAGGACAUGUUGGGCCAAGUCAAGGCGGACUUGGACACUAUGAGUUCUGAUACAGCACCAGAACCAACAGGGAGUCCAGAACCCUAUGGAAGACAAGGUCUUACUGGAUUCUCUGUUUCCUUGGUCUCCACGAUUGGGCGCUUAGUCCAGCUCCUCAGAAAGAGAGAAGCUGAAGCUCAGGAAGAAGCCGAGGAACGGCGGCGACUGCAGGAGGAGCUGAAGGAGCAGCGAGGGCUUAUGGAUGCUCUAACAGCUGAAACCAUGACCCUGAGAGAAGAGGGCGCCGCCCUGCAGGCAGGGCUUCUGCAGCGGACAACAGAGCUGGAGCAGAAGCUGGAUUCUGUGGUCCUUUUGAUGAGUGAACUGGGAAUACUGGGAGAACAGACAAAACCAAGCAGAGUCUCUGAUGGAAGAGUGUCCCAGUCUUGUGUUUGUCAGUCUGCUGGUGGGGAUGAGAAAACACAAACUAGAGUUUCUCCUGCCGUCCUCCUUUCCCCACCUCAACAAUGUGACAACUGGCAACAAGGUCCUGGAGGUCAUGCGUUACCUCUACAGCGACGCCUUUCCCCGUCAGACACCCAGCGUUCCUGUGAAAACGUCCAGUCUCACGUCUCCACCUCCGCUCUCACUAGACGUCAGUCUGUCUCCUCAUCGUCACUCCCCUCUAAUCAGCCCGUCCUCCUUCCCUCCCCUAAAGCCAUGCUGGCUGAGAUCACUGAGCUGAAAAGGCAGAACGACCUGAUCAAGGCUCAGCUCAGCCAGGCAAAGAGCCUCAUGUCAGGGGUCGCGGGAUUGUCCGACAGCUGCAACGAGCUGAGCAAGUCGAGUCCAGCCAGCGGCGCUGGAGAGAGGAAGAUGACCGGCCAGCAUCUUCAGUCUCCAGAGGGAACAUCUUCAGCUUCUCAGGCAGCCUCCUCCAGCAAUUCAAGCGUGGAACAGCGCCUCCUGGAGCUCAACAGACAGAGCGCGGCAGCUAGGAGUCGACUGGUAGAGCUGAUCGAGCAGCAGAAGCAAAGCGCUUCGCUCAAAAUCUCCCCAUCCGUCUCCCCCAUCCCUUCCUCUGCCGUCAGCCCGAACGCAGCAGCUGAAGCCCAGAGCUCAGAGGAGUCGAUGCUGCUGCCUGAAAGGGAGUUUGGGUCUCAUCGACGAUAUGCUGGUUCUGAUGCAUCCAACAGUUUGAGUUUUGAGAGCAAGACUGGAGAAAUAAAGCAAAACGAGAAACGGCGAGAACGAGAAGGAUGGUUUUCUCUGGUCGCUCACACCAGAUGACACGAGGGAAAAGACUAAAUGAACCUGACAAAAAUGAAUGGUUUUUAUUCUA